AUGCAAAUGACUUCAUAUUGGUUCGAUCGAACCGCUAAAGUCGAAGACAUUCAUACGGACGGACAGGCGAACGGACAGCCGAACGGACAGCCGAACGGACAGGCGAACGGACAGCCGAACGGACAGCCGAACGGACAGCCGAACGGACAGGCGAACGGACAGGCGAACGGACAGCCGAACGGACAGGCGAACGGACAGGCGAACGGACAGGCGAACGGACAGGCGAACGGACAGCCGAACGGGCAGCCGAACGGACAGCCAAACGGACAGCCGAACGGACAGGCGAACGGACAGCCAAACGGACAGCCAAACGGACAGCCGAACGGACAGGCGAACGGACAGCCGAACGGACAGCCAAACGGACAGGCGAACGGACAGGCGAACGGACAGCCGAACGGACAGACGAACGGACAGACGAACGGACAGCCGAACGGACAGCCGAACGGACAGCCGAACGGACAGCCGAACGGACAGCCGAACGGACAGGCGAACGGACAGCCGAACGGACAGGCGAACGGACAGGCGAACGGACAGCCGAACGGACAGGCGAACGGACAGCCGAACGGACAGCCGAACGGACAGCCGAACGGACAGCCGAACGGACAGCCGAACGGACAGCCGAACGGACAGGCGAACGGACAGCCGAACGGACAGCCGAACGGACAGCCGAACGGACAGCCGAACGGACAGCCGAACGGACAGCCGAACGGACAGCCGAACGGACAGCCGAACGGACAGCCGAACGGACAGCCGAACGGACAGGCGAACGGACAGACAUGGCUAUAUCGGCUCGGCUAG